UGUGGAAAGUGCGAGUGCCAAUGCAACGGUUAGUAUUUCUAGUGACUGAUGGCGAGCAGGCGAGGCUCUCAGUGAUAGCAUGGAUCCGGACAGUGGGGCGGACACUCAGCAAACUCUCAGUCUACAAUGGAAGAGCUAUAAGCUAGUACAAGACCCUGCUCUCCGACGGGUUACUCAGAAAAUCUACAGAUAUGAUGGGAUUCACUUUAAUGUACAGGAUUCAGGAUUCCCGCCUGUGGGGGACUUGCGUGAUCCAAGACCCCGCAGAAUCUGGUCUAGACACACAGAGCUGUCGCUGCCAGUGCCCAAAUUUAAGUUGGACGAGUAUUACGUAGGUCCUAUACCACUUAAGGAAGUGACGUUUGCGAGGUUGAAUGAUAACAUCAAAGAGCCGUUCCUGGCAGAGAUGUGCGCCAAGUUUGGUGAGGUUGAGGAAAUGGAGAUUCUGUUUCAUCCCAAGACUCGGAAGCACUUGGGCUUGGCCCGCGUCCUCUUCACCAGCACUAGAGGGGCCAAAGACACCGUCAAACACCUGCACAAUACUUCUGUCAUGGGAAACAUUGUCCAUGUCCAGCUAGAUAUCAAAGGCCAACAGAGGAUGAAGUACUAUGACUUAAUAGUGAGUGGCUCAUACACCCCUCAGACAGUGCCUACUGGAGGCAAAGCCCUUACCGAGAAAUUUCAGCCCCCAGCCCCGACUCAGCCAGAUACGUCGUCUGAUAUCCGGCGGAGGCUCUCCACAGAUCAGAUGGCAGCUCCUGCUGCGCCUCUAAACUCUGGCAGCACCACCCCCUGUUCUGUGGACACUGGAUUUGGAGACCAGCGCCUAGACACCCCUCCAUCCUCUCUGGGAGGAGCUUAUACGCCGGGUUCUUCUGCUUCUUCACAGGGCGGCGGCACCCCUCACACCCCUCGCUCUGGAACCCCUUUCUCCCAAGACUCUGGAUUCUCUGUGGGCAGGCACAGUGGCUACAGCAGCACUCAAAGUUAUCCCCAGCAGGAUAUGCUUCCAUCUUCCUCCUGCUCCUCUUCAGCAGUCUCCUCAUCAUCAGGGUUUAAGCCCCCUCGCUUUCAUGACGACUUACACGCUCCACCUCCGCAAGAACCCUCCGUGUUCCACAGGGGUCGGCCGGGAUAUCCUCCUUCAGCGUCCUUCAGACCUAAUGAACCUCCCUAUCCGUAUCCCAGUGUUGGAGGUUCAGGAAUGCAAAUGCCGCUGCAUCCACCCAUGCCACCUCCAGGGCCUCAGUUUGAGCCGCCACCGCUGUCCGACAGAGAUCGAGACCGAGAUAGAGAAAGGGGACACAGGGAUAGGGAUCGGGAGAGAGACUCAGGAGGGCACUAUGGAGGUGGGAUAAGCUCCCGACGUUCCUCUUACCACUACCAACAGGAAACAAACUCCUCGUCCACAUCCAAAUCCUACCAUUCACAUCACUCGCAUCAUGCAGAUCGGCGGGAGGACAGGGACGGCAGGGGCUACCGGCGCGACAGCUCAGGCUCCCGCUCGGGAGAUCAUGGAAGGCAUCGGAACCACCAUCACUCCCACAACCACCACAGCAGCGGCGGAGGUGGAUCGAGCCGGCGGAGAGGCAGCAGAGACCGGGAAUGGGAGCGAGACAGAGAAGGAGACUAUAACAUCUCCGAUCCACGUUAUGGAGGCCACUCUGACUCCAGCCACAACUCGUCCAAUAGCCUCUCCCCUCCCUCUGCCACCUCCUCUUAUGGAGGACCUAAAGACCUGUCCCCCUACGACACACCUUCUUCCUCCCGGUUAGAGCCCUCGCCGGCUUUCCGUCCUCAGCAGGGUGCAGGCGAGAGGGGUUUUGGGAUGGGAGGAAGUAUGGACAAUGACUACCGUGCUCAUUCUCACCUCACGCCCCUGGCGCCGCCACCUCCUCCCCUCCCACCAGCCUCCGUCAUCGCAGCCGCUGUGGCUGAAACGCUCGGCUCUCUUGAUUUUGGUCAGGACAGUCCCAUCCCAGAAGAACAGUGGACCAAACCCAAACGCUAUCCCAGCACCCCGCCCCAUCCACCUCAGACACCUCCGACCUCCUCGCCUCCUCAUGCCUCAAUCCCGUCAUCCUCCACCUCUCCAUCCUCCACCUCCCUGCCUCACCACCUCCCCUCUUCGACAGCAUCCCUCUCUCCGCCUCCUCCACAGCGUGACUCCUCCCCGGAGCCUGACUCCACCAAUGAGAGCCUGCCAUUCAUGCACCACAGCAGCAGCUUGGACUCACGUAUUGAGAUGUUGCUGAAGGAACAAAAAGCCAAGUUUUCUUUCCUUGCCUCAGAUGAUGAGGACGAUGAGAAGGAGGAGGACCGAGAGAGGGGUAAAACAGGCGAGAAUGCAGAUGAUGGGGGAAAGAAACUCAGAGAGGAGAACGGUGAAAGGCCUAGUCAUAAGAGACAAGGAGAGACGGAGGGAGGCCAGCAGAGGAGGAGAGGAGAGAAAGAUGGACGCCGCAGCAGGGGCAAAAGGCAAGGUGGUGGAGUCAGUGAAGGCAGGAAAACACCUCCAGAGGUGGCCUCUUCCACUCCCACUACGCACAGUUUGGUGUCAGAGUCUCUUCAGGGCCAAAUGCCGCCACCUCAGGAGGAGCACACAACCUCUGACUUACACGGGGCUCCACACACCCCACCCACCUACAAUGGAGAGGCACAGCCUUCUCCUCACUCUUCUGGGGAGGAUAUGGAAAUAUCAGAUGAAGAUGACAACGCCAUCACCACGACCCCCCAUCCUGCUGCCUCUUCAUCCGCCUCACCUCACCCAGAGUACCCUCCUCCGCUGCCGCAUCACAUGUACGACUACGCCAGCUCCAUAGAGCUCAUGAGCCAGUACUGUGGAGGAGCACCCAUGUCAUUCCAGAUGCAGACACACAUGCUCAGUCGCCUCCACCAGAUGCGAAUGGCCUCCUCCAACAGCUCUACGGCACCCCCUGGAGAAGUCCCGCCCGCCUCUGAAUAUCCCCCGUCAUUUCACCUCCAUUCGAUACCCCCUCCACCGCACCACCCACACCACACAUAUAUGGACCAAGAUGGGAAUGUUGCCACCCACUAUGACCAGGACCACCGCUACAUCCCUCCUCACUUACCAUAUGCCUACCCGGACCCUCAUGCCGCACAGCUUCCGCAGCAUCACACCAUCCCACCUCCCCACAGCCCCUGGCCUCCUCACCUGCUACCCCAGCAGUUUCCUUCCCACUAUCCUCCACCUGGCUUCGGCACAGUGCCUGGCAUAGAUGGAGAGCUGUACGGAGCGGUGGGUGACCAGAUGGCCAUAAUGGGCCACAACCCCUACGAGGCCGUAGUGCAGCAGGUACUGGCAGCUUUGAUCGAGGAGAUGAAGAACAUCAUGCAGAGGGACCUGAACCGCAAGAUGGUGGAGAACGUCGCCUUUGGCACCUUCGACGAAUGGUGGGACCGCAAGGAACAGAAAGCCAAGCCAUUCCAGACAGCCAUGCGGGGAGUUGCAGUGGUGCGUGAGGAGGACAAGAAGGACGAGAAGACCAGCAACCGACCUCGGGAGCCACUCAUGUCUCUGGUAGACUGGGCCAAGAGUGGAGGCAUGGAGGGUUUCUCCCUGCGGGGGGCCUUGCGUUUGCCUUCUUUUAAGGUGAAGAGGAAGGAGCCUCAGGAACUUGUGGAGGGUGGUGAGCUGAAGAGAGCCAGGCCUUCCACUCCACCCGAUGAGGAAGAUGAGGACUCGUAUCAGGGCAAAUCUGCCGACACUGCUGCAGGAAGAACAGAAGAGAGGCGUGUGGCAGACAGAAGAGCAGCCAGGAGAAGAAGCAGAGCAAAGGCACGCAAACCAUAUGACCUGGACAGUGAGGGAGAAGAAACAUCAGAUGGUUCCUCCUCGGAGAAGGAGGAGGAUGAAGACAGUGACAAAGUGGAUGAGUCAGAAGAUGUAGCCCUUAGUGCAGACAGUGAUGAUGAAAGCAUUUCUUCCUCCUCUUCUGAGAGCUCAUCAUCAUCAUCCUCCGCAUCAUCCUCUUCCUCCGAUGAGGAGGAUGAAGAGGACGGUGAACAGGCCGCUGAGAGUGAAUCAUUGGACACAAUGGAUGAGUCUACGAUGGACAGUGUGGCGGCUAUAGAUGCAGAAAAGGAUGAUGGGGACAAAGCAAGUCUUGACCAAUCAUCAGUGACUGCUGCAGAGGUCAAACAAGAAGAAGAGAAAACGGCUACAGCUGUGCCUCCAUCUUCUCCGUAUCCCCGUCCUUCUUCACCCUUUCUCCUCCUUCCCCCACUCAAGAAACGGCGCAAGACUGUUUCUUUCUCGAUGGAAGAGAGGGAGGUCAAGCCCUCCAUUCUGUCACCUUCUGCUCCCUCUCCAUCUCCCACUCCUGUCUCACAAGCUUCAGAUGUUCCUACUUCCUCUUCUCCCGUAAGCACGCCCACAGCAGCUGCCCCAGCCACCUCCUCCAAGCCCGCCCCGAUGCUCCUUCCGUUUGCUUCUCGUCCUAGCGAGAGUAACGCCCUGACCUCCCCUGCUUCCCCUUCCACCGUUCUUACCAUCCCUCCACCGGUGCGUUCCCUGCGGCCUGAUGAGCCCAAAAAGAGUCCAGGUCUCCCUCCAUCCCCACAAACUCCCACAGCCAAAAACUCCUCCAAACGUGGCAAAGACUCUCCCAGAACGCCCCCGGCGCCCAUCUGCCUCACUGUCCAGAACCUUCCACUGGACCAUGCCUGCUUAGUCAAAGUGGCCUAUGAGGACCCCGUCCCUACUCCAACCACGCAGAAGGGUCGUGCACGUGGUCGCCCUCGGACACUCAGCCAGUCGGCUUCCGCCCCUCACCUGCAUCCCGCUCUGGAGGAGGAGGAUGAAGAGGAGCUGGAGCAGCGGCUGAAACUCAGGGAGCAGCUGGGAGUGUCCAGCCUGCUGCAGCUAGCCUCUGCCCCCAAGCCUGACCUGUCUGUGCUGGCCGAUGUGGCGCUGAAGAUGGACCCGGAGGCAGAUAUUGACUCGGAAGAAACCGAGACCUCCGAUGAGGCAGAGGAGCACAAGCUGGAGGAAGAAGAGGGAGACUUCUUCGCCCCGCACCCACGCCAACCACUCCCGGAUCCAGAGGGUCUGUUCGUCCUGCAGGAGCACAACUAUUCUAAAACUCCUGCUCAUCCGCACCUCACGUCUUCACAAAAGAGGACGAAACAGGACCCCACGGUCCUUCUCCCUGCCGACCUCAACCAGCACGGUGUUCAGGAAGCCCCCGAAGAGGUCAUCGGGGAUGCUCUAGCCGCAAGAGGUGAGGCUCCAGAGCUAUACGGGGACCUUUCCGGGAUGGGCCUGCUGUGCGACGCCAGGGACACGGCUGAGACACAGACCAAGACCCUCGGCCCACCGCACAAAAGGAGAGGACCGAUUAGCAAAGAGAUGGAGAUGGAAGAGAGGGGGAAAGGGAAGAGCAAGAAGAGAAGUAGGAAGGACAAAGAAAACGAGGAACUGCAAAUCUCUAAGAAACAGAAGGAGAAACAGAGGAAACGGAAGUUAGAGGAAUAUGAAGAAGACGUGGAUGUGGAACAGUUGGAGUCUGGUGAGCUUUCCAGCUCCAGCUCUGACUCGGGAGACUCUUACUUUGGUCUGAAGAGAUCGCUGGAGUUUGAAAAGGAAGAGGUUCGAAAGAGCGAACGACUUUUCCUGCAGGAAGCUGGCUUGACCCCUUCGACUCAGCGACGGCCCAAACACGUGCCCACCCUAGCUCCCUUACCACAGCCCUCUUACAAGAACCGUAGUGAGUUUGAGCAGAUGACCAUCCUGUAUGACAUCUGGAACACUGGCCUGGACCAGGAAGAUAUGAGGCUCCUGAAGAGCACCUACGAGAAACUGUUGCAAGUUGAUCGCGGCACCGACUGGCUCAACGACACACACUGGGUCCCUCAUACCAUCACCAACAUCCCCAACCCUCGACGGAAGAAGAAGACCGCAGAUGGGCAGCUAAGAGAGCAUGUCACGGGCUGUGCUCGUAGUGAAGGCUACUAUGCCAUCAGCCGCAAGGAGAAAGACGUCUACCUUGAGCUAGACCAGCCAGUGACUGUGCAGGAAGCUGGGGAAUAUGACACCUCAGGCUCGAAUCGUCUGCUCUCUGAAAGGCGCUCUGAGCAGCGGCGUCUCCUCAGCGCUAUCGGCACUCCAGCAGUGAUGGACUCAGACCUGUUGAAACUGAACCAGCUGAAGUUCCGUAAGAAGAAGCUGAGGUUUGGCCGCAGCCGUAUCCACGAAUGGGGCCUGUUUGCCAUGGAACCCAUUGCUGCAGAUGAGAUGGUCAUUGAAUAUGUGGGACAGAGUAUCAGACAGAUGGUUGCUGAUAAUCGGGAGAAGCGAUAUGCCCAAGAAGGCAUCGGGAGCAGCUACCUGUUCCGUGUCGAUCAUGACACUAUCAUUGACGCCACCAAGUGUGGCAACUUGGCUCGGUUUAUUAACCACUGCUGCACGCCCAACUGCUACGCCAAAGUGAUCACCAUCGAGUCCCAGAAGAAGAUAGUCAUAUACUCAAAGCAGCCUAUCGGUGUGAACGAGGAGAUCACGUAUGAUUACAAGUUCCCCAUUGAAGAGAACAAAAUCCCAUGUCUGUGUGGCACGGAGAACUGCAGAGGAACCCUCAACUAAAAGUGUCCUAGACCUUCCCCCGAUACAUGACUUGCCAAUCAACUUUCCUAGCCCACAAGCUACUCUUCUCGGCGCACAACAAUGUAGGUAGUGUAUGAUGGGAGAACAUCAGACUCUUUGAAAAACUUCUAUACAGACACAGAUGUGUCGAGAUGUUUGGCCCAGGGGGAUCUCAGCACUGCCGCAACACCUCCAGUUCCACCUGGAAAGUUGUGUUUUUCUCCUGACAUGGCCCUUAUCAAUUUCAUUCCUCCUGUUGCAGCUGUGUUUAGUGGUGUUGUUUUGCCAAGGUCUAUGCUUUGAAGUUGUUCAGCAACUGCACACACACAUAUUCCGCUCACUUAUGCACAACGUCUGACAGUGGCAAACACCCUUAAAGUGCUGGGUCUUUUUUCCAAGGGCAACUUUUAAAGUCCUACCUAAAAACAUGGAUUUAAGACUUCACCCCUGUCGUGAGAGAGUAAUAAUUUUAGUUAAUUAUUUAUUGUCCCUGUUCCGAGGCCUGUUCACUCAUGUCGUUUAUUUAGGUCAGAUCUGUUGCUGUACAUUCUUCAGAUUAUCUGCGUAGUAGCACCACAUUUUUUUCAAAUGAAGCUAUUUGGGCGCACACAUUUCUUUCGAAACUUCCUCAAAGUUCAACCGAUCUUAAUUACAUGUCUCCUUUUCCAGCAUGAUGUGCUGGUAUUCAAAAAUGGUCUAGUAUUGUAAGUUGUGACAUUGUACAUUUACUACUUUAUUUUUCACAAAUUAGCUGUUACAGUGCCAGUGCACUGUAAAAACUAUUCCAGAGGUCAUCAUGUACCUGCCAUCAUUUUAAUUCACCUCUUGCUUGAAGUGAUAUCCCUUUCGUUCAUAGUUUUUAGCAAUACAAGAAAGACAGGACAGAUAAGGUUGUCUUUUUGGCGUUCACUAGAACAGGUGGUCGUGUCUGUUCCUUC